AUGGAUGUCGACAAUUCAAAUACCCCCACCUCACGCGAUCCUCGCCUCAUCAGUCGAAACAGGCCAGCGCCAGCCAGGACAGCAUCUCUAGAUACUGGCAUAUCGGGAUCUCCUAAUGGUCAUAAGUUAGGGGUACGGCCACCCAACAAUCCUCCGCCUAUUGACAGGCAGGAUGGGGCUCCUGGAGAUCAAUUCAUUCGCACCCUCUCGGAAUUGAUCAAAGCUGCUGUUGACACAGCUACUCGGGAAGUCGAAAAGGAUAAAUUGCUGAAGAAGAAGGACACGACAGAGGGUCUGUUGCGAAAGGCAAAAGCUGCGCCAAAUUUCCCAUCAACCACAGCAUUUUUCCAGCAAGCUCGCAAGGAUGAAGAUUCUGAGUUGACACGAAUGGAUGAGACCAUCACUAAAUACCAAGCGCACUAUCGCCAGCUAGAAAAUUCUCUCACGACCAGAUGGGUGCCUUUGCUUCUGCGCAAUCAAUCUGAUUCAGACGGGAAGAUAAACAAACUACAGGAUGAAAUUCGGGCGCUCACGAAGCGAGUGGGAGAUGCAGAAUCAGAUGCGAGUCGUGAGAAAUAUCAGUUGCAAGAGACCAAGAUCCAGAUGCUUCAGGAUCGUGUCGUCCUACUCGAGAAGACUUCCGGCAACCAUGCGACUUCUAUCAACGCUCAGAUGAGAUACGAAAAAGAGAUUAAGGAACGCGUUGAUAAAUUAAGCUCAGAUAUUGCUCAAUUCCCCUCUCAAGAAACCAUACUGAGACACUUUUCAUCGGAAGUUGAGGAGUUGAAAAGAAUCACUAUGACCUUGGACGCCAAGCUGAGCUCUUUGCGAAAGGCACAGGAAGAAUAUUCGGGUUCUCUCGAAAGAGUAAACAAAAGCAUCGAUGCGCAACGGAAACGUCUCGAUGCCAGCAACGAUAAUUCUACUGCUUUCGCGAAGAAAUUCAAAGAAAUCCACGAGCGUCUGGCCCCGAUAGAAAAGGUCCAGGCAAUCCCGCCGGACGGUUCAGCGACAGUUCCAAUUGACGCAUCUAAUAUUGAGUUGCGUUUGAAGAAUGUCGAAGACAAUCUAUCCAAGAUACCCAGACCUGUCUCAUCCUUGCAGUCGGCAGUCCAGAGUUUGUCAGAACAACUCCAGCAAUUACAAAGCCUUCAGGCGAUGAAAGACGAUUUUCAUUUCGCAGAAAUGGAGGAGAUUAAGAAAUCAACCGUUGAUAAAGCCGAGAUACAAUCAUUGAAAGACAGCUACAACCGCCUCGCCGACGAAACACGGAGAAUAAGCCAGUUGGACCGUGCAGGAGCUGUAGAUCAAGCUGAGAUACAGUCAUUGAAAGACAGCUACAGCCGCCUCGCUGGAGAAAUACAGAAAAUGAGCCAGUUGGACCGUGCAGCAGCCGUGGAUAAAGCUGAGAUACAAUCGUUGAAAGAGACCUCCAGCCGCCUCGCUGAAGAUAUGCAGAAAAUCAGCCAGUGGAACCCCGCAGCUGCCCUUCAGCAAAUUCACACGGUGGACGUGAAAAUCAAUACAGUUGACAUGGCAUUAAAAAAUUCCAAUCGCUUACUCGAGAGUGUGCGCGUCGGCCUCCAUUCCCUGGAGACACGUUACAAUCAUCUUUCCACUGAAAUGGUCGUAAAGAACAUGGUUGUUGCCAUGCAAGAGAUGUACCCCUCUGCAGGCCAAUUGACAGAGCAGAUCACAACCUUGAAAAACCAAGCCGAGAAAGAAAUAUCAUCUCUGAAAAAGACGAUUGAGCAGCUUGUUCAGGCCCAAAAUAGUCAGAAGGCUUUGCUAAACCGCCUUCAAGACGACGUCGGCCAGCGUUCAGCAGAAGUAACCCAUCUCGGGGAGUCCUUUGGAAAGGUAGCUCAUCAGGUCUCUGCUCUCACUGAACAGCUAGAGGGUGUACGCGCUCUGCCAGACAAACUUCAGCAAUUGCACGCCAACUUCGACUCUCUUACUGAGCAAUAUCGAGAACACGUCUCCGAAAUUAAGGACCAUAUUAAAGGCAAAGAGGUGGCCGACGGUCAAAACAGAAUUGAAUUGGAUGAAUCCUUCCGCGAAUUGAAAGACCAGGUCCAAAACUUAUCCAGUGGCCUCAACCAGAUGAAAGUCGUGAUGAAUGAAAUCACCUUAAAUAAAAAGGAUUUACAAUCCCUCGAUGAUCGGUUCCGCCGCUUCGAGGAAUCCGUGUCGGCCGAUCAUCGGGAUUUGUCAGAGCAAAUCAAUGCGCUCAAAGAUUCUUUGGAAUCCCAGGCGCUAGAUUCUCCCACAGCCAGUGGGAUGCAAUCGCCCAAGCGGGAACAUAGUCCUGCAGGAUCAGAUGCCGCCCCACUAUCAAACUAUGCUGAGAUGGCAGAGGCCAAUCCUGCGCUGGCAUUGCGCGAGAAGAAGAAAAAGAAAAAACGACCACGCCCUUCAACCAUAUCCGACGAUGAAAAUGAGAGGUCGUCUGGUGCUAGGAAUGAGUCUCCCAUGACACUCUCUUCACCAGCUCACGCAUUGGACAAUGAAGAUGCAUCGCCUUCGGAGAGCAAGAGAAAGUCCAAGAAGAAGAAAAAGCGCAGGUUGAUCACGGAGGGACCGAUCACCAUAGACUAG